AUGAGCGCAGCCGAUUUACUUGCUGAAAUAGCUGGUCUGACUAGUGAAGCCGAGGUUUGUUCGAAUUGCUUUCUAGUUUUUAGUUGUUUUUAUUUUCAGCACAUAGUAGUCCGGGACAGCACUUUCGACGAUUGCGAAGAAGUGAAUUACAACGACGUUGAAGUAUACAGUGACCAAGUUUCGGAGCAACAGGUACUCAUUGUUUCAUACGAGAAGACAAGGUCAAAGUCAAUCUCAGAUCGAAGAGCCUAUCCCUGAGAGAUAUGACGUCGGAGCGAAGAAACGGAGCAAGGCAUGCAGAGGAAUCGGAGCACGUGAGCUCAACGAGCUGAACUUUAGAAAUCCGGGGUCCGCCAUGUCUCAAAUGCUUCCGGACGGACCGGAUUGGAUCAAUUCGAACCGCGGAAAGCGUAUAGCUACCGCCGCCGCUCAGGCUCAGCAGGAGAAAGAAGAGGGACUGCGUCAUGACAAAACGGGCAAAUUGUCGGGAAUUGUGAACGGAGAGAAAGUAUCGUACGAUCUGUGCGACUGCCUCGAUGAGACCUGCUCUGGCUGUCAUUGGCCGUGCAAAAACUGCAAAUGUGAGCUGAAAACGUUUCGAGCUCGAGCUAAUUUCAUUGUUUUCAGCUCGCAAAUGCUUGCUCCGGUGCCGUCAGAAUCGCAAGUACAGAAUCCUCAGAGUCGAAGAAAUGUACACUGUCGAGGGUACGGACGGACACGCCGUCACAACCAAUCCGUACUUAGCUCUUGAAUCCAAACCUUAA